CAGGUGGCAUCUCUUCAAGCAGAGCUUGCAAUGGUGCAAACACAACUUACGAAUAGCAAAUUUGCAGUGACAGCGGCCGCCGCACUUGAGCAGGAGCAGCUGCAUAUGCAACGUGGAGUGUUGUUACAACACCAGCAACAACCAGCAGCCUAUUCCAACAACAAUCAUCAUCAUCAUCUGCGGAUCGUGAACGUAGUAAGCAGCAGUAGCAGCUCUAAUUUUGAAUUCACUACCGCUGACACCCCUAUUUCACCACACUGCAGUUUUGAUCCCAUCAUUCAUCACCUUUCUCGCGAGGAAGAUCAGCGGGAAUGAAUGAAUUAAGAGGAAGAAGUAAAAAAUCAGAACCGGCCACACACAUUGUGUGUUUAAUUAACCAUCCAUGCAAGCUAAGCAAUGCUGAUUGAAAUGCAUGCAUGCCAUCUGGCCACCCAAAUGUGUCUUCCAUCUUUUUAAUUUAAUACAUUAUUCAAGAACUAAUUAAUUAAGAACCCAUGACUUUGAAUUGAAUCGUGUACCCAAUAUUUAAAUAUAAUAUAUCAUUUUAAUAAUCCCUCCC